AUGGAGUCCCGUCAGCGCAGCCCAACCCCGCUUUUGAAGACGUGUCGCACAUGUGCUCACGCCAAAAUCAAAUGCGACCGAACGCAGGACUCGGUCAUCUGCGAUAGAUGCCUCCGGCUCGGCAAAGAGUGCUCCCGGAGCCCUCCUCCAGCCACUGCCAGUUCCGGUCUUCCAAGGCCGAGGCUUGAGGGACAUGAUCCGUUCGAUGCCGGCCAGCUGACGGUAGAGAAGGGCCAAGAGCUACUCAACCGAUUCCGCACAAAGCUCACUCCUCACUUUCCGUUUGUCAUAAUUCCCGCCGACGAGAAUGUGAACACCUUGAAGCAGACCAAACCAGCCCUAUGUCUGGCGCUGAUGGCCGCAGCAUCCCACGAUGACGUUCGUCUUCAGCGGGCUCUAGGCCAGAUGUUUAAUGAACUAAUCGCCGCCCGUCUAAUUGAGGGCGACUUUACCUCUCUACACAUACUCCAAGGUCUCCUCGUACAUCUUGCCUGUUCGAGCAUUGUUCUCCAAAAGCUCCGCAUCGUUACCCUUACAACAUAUAUGACGGAGACUGCUGAUCGGCUCGCUGAAGUAGCUGAGUACCCAACGGACCAGUACCUACCUUACAUCAUUCGCCUUCAGCGUGUCGCUGAAGACAUCGAUGACAUCGUGAAGAACGAGUCAACGCUGGAUCCAAUGCAAAUACAGGCGGCCGUUUCAGAUGCUAGAGAAAGGAUAGAACUUUUCAAGAAUAACUUGUCGUUCCCUCUGGGAGACUGUCCAAUCUUGGUGCCCCAAAUACAUACGAUCCAGUUGUGCCUCAACCAGCUCUCACUUCCCAACGCGCCUUUCGCUCUUCAUAAGCCGCAAAAUCCCUCUUCACAGCGACUAAUUCAGGGAUUAUCGGAGAGCAUUGUCUCCGCAAAGUCCCUCGUCAGCAUACUGCUUCAUACCCCUCCAGACCAGGAGGUGUACUUCCCUAAUAUUGUUUGGGUCAUGCUACACUGCGGAAAUACUCUAGCAGCCCGCCUAGACCUUCAAGCAGCGGACCCAAGGAUAAGCUUCAUGACAGAACAUCUUCGACAGUUCUCCGACAUCGGUCACACCAUUCGACAGGUUGUGCUUAGACUUGAGUCCGCGACGUCGCCAGACGUGGACGACAGAGGUGAUCGAGAUUCUUUCUACCAUUUUCUCAUACGCACGAAGCGUGUUGAAAAAUGGCAUCUAGACCAACAAAAGCUUUUCACAAGUCAGCAUGAUGUCUCGCCUCAAGGACUCAACGUCCCUACGACAAGGUCUCUCUCAAGCCUUGGAACACCGACCUCCAACCUGUCGAGUCAAUCAGUUGGGUUUGGUUAUUCCGUCGCGCCGUCAGUCUUCUCGCAACCAGCGAUAGCUUCAGCAAGCAAUGCUAUGGCAUACACAGAUUUCACACUACCCGAAAAUGCUGCGAUGACCUCGAACGCCGAUUUCCCUGUAGAUUCUCUUGCAUUCGUAAACGACACUUUCCUACCGUUCAAGAGCUGGAACUACACAAUGGGGAGUGAUCAUGGGGGCAGUGCUCAGUUUUAG